AUGACACCACCACUUCUCGGACUACCGAGCGAGCUGGUGCAACACAUUCUGGCCUACUUACCGCCCACCGAUCUUGCAAGAGUUGCACAAGUCUGCCGGCGACUGCAGGUCGAAAGCUACACAGAAACCAUCUGGAGCAGUGAGAUCAACUCUCACUUCUCAUCUCCCAUCACGAAGCCAGCAACAAUAAACUCCUUCCGCGAGCUUUACAUUACUCAUCAUCCGCACUGGUUCCUGGUCAWGAAGCGGAUAUGGAUUGGAGACUCGGUACCAAACGGCAAACUCACAAUAGCGAGAUAUGAUGAAUCAACAGGCUCCAUCGACGCCUACACCGUCCUUGCCGUGAAGCGAACCAACAGAUGGACAGAAAUCGACAUCGAUCAGAAUCCGGUCAUUGUACAUACUUUCGAUCCGGAAAUCUCGUUGGAUCUUCAUCGGCCUGUUCUAAAGCUCAAGAUCGAUAAUCUCAAGGCAGACCCGCCGAACGAACACCUGCUCAAUCAUAACAGGACUCCCGAGUCAAGCUUCGGCCACGAGAUUCUGAUGGAGACGGCUACAGAGUCGGGGUUGUACAGCUCAUUCAUGCUAUGUUGCCAUCUCCCAGAAGUAGCAAUCACUGAAGGCACCCAAGUCUGGCCACCACAACGGAUACCCGCCGAAUGCCGCACACGAAACGCAAGUCACGAUAGGUUCAACUCGUCAGGCCACAGACCAAAGAGGUUGAGUCAAGUUAGCCAAAACAACUUCCGGCUGCGAAAAUGGGUCGAAUAUCGCAGACCAAGUCCUGAAGUGCUGCGGUCUUCUCAGAMAACCAGUAGUGACUCACGCAGUGAUGCAACCGGAUCCACACAGCCGUUYCUAAUACCACAACCAAAUCUGAACAGCACCAGAGUGACGAUCCGUAUGCCCGAGGAUAUCACAACUUUUGGAACAUUACCGGAAUGGUGUUACACACCCACACCACAAAAACCCUGGCAGGGCAUCUGGUGCGGUGAUUACAGCGGACACGGCUGCGAAUUCAUCCUCAUUACCCAACCGGACAAGGAGGCUGCCAGACCUCUUCCUCGAGGCAUGGCCUGGUUACAGCGGUGGUUCAAUGCUGGCAGAGGGGGGCCCAGCGCAAUCACUUGCGCUUUCGCAGCUGCGAUGGAGGAGAUUGGCAUCGAGCCUUUUGGUGAGGUGCCCUCACAGAGUGGCUCCGCUUCCGAAGAUGGUCUCAAAGCGGACGAAGAGCAAAAGGCUCAGAUUGAGCCCUCUGGACGUCUCGAAGCGAUCAAACUCACCGGAGAUCUCUAUAUCCCACGCGCUGAAUACACAUUCAUAGCUCCCGAAGUAGGAGAUACAGGUACUAUUCGAGUGGAGGGUGAAGGGCCAUUCAAAGGGGCGAGAGUCGUACGAAGUGCGGGACAUAUCGCAGACAGAGGCUUUCGAGAUGAUCGAUACAUGCCUACGCAGCUGAUCUUGCUCUCCCACGACCGCAUAGCUCAUUACUGGGAGGAAUUCUCGUCCAUUUCUUAUCUUCAUCGAGUAGAUCUGAACGAGCUGAUGCGCUAUGGUCGAGAAUGA